UUCAUUCCUUUUUAUUCACGCUUCGCCCUAUACACACUGCGAUAGGCGAAGGGGACUUUUUUAUUCCUCUAAGAUACCAUUUCCAUCCAAUCUUUUACUCUUCAUUUUCUACCCUCGGUAAAAAAAUUUGUUGUUGAUUUUUAUGUUAUUUUCAAGUUCAAGCCCAACCGUUCCUUUUUUAUUUUGCAGUCAUUGAAUUUGCAAAACUUUAUCGACAAAAGUUUAUAAAAAAGCUUGAAGGCAAGUAAAAAUCUAACUGGAUAUUUUGGUCUUCUAUUCAAAUAAAAGCAUUGAAAGAUAACCAAAUUUUUCCUUAUCUCGGAAAGUUUUUUCUCAGUAUGCUAAAAUUAUUUACAAGUGGUGUAUUGUAAAACGUUUUUUUAAACAAGAAGGAGUGAAAUGUCAACAAAAUAAACAUGCAAGUUGAAAAAUAUCACCAACUAUCAAGCAGUGCAGUGCGUCCUUUUCAGUUCCUUCAGUCGGUCCGAAAUUAUUUUACAUAAUUUCCAGUUGAAUACACCACCAGAAUUUAACAUAAAACAUAACACUUUCCAAUUUGCAUUCACUGGUUGAACUAAAACACCAAUAUAUUGAACAAUUUCAAAAAAGAGCAAACAUUAUAUUUUUUCGGCGAAAUGGGAGGAUUUAAUUUUUAAACAAUAUAAUUGUUUCCUUUGAAGGCAAAACUUAAGGCGAGAUUUCAGAACGAGGAUAUUUUAUAGUUAUUUCAUCACCUUAAUUUGAGACCAUGUCGAAAAGCCCUGUUGUAUUCUCAUAUAAAUUACAGUUUUCAAUUAUUUUUCCAAUUAUUUUGGGAUAACUUUGGAAUUAAAGUUUGAAGCAUGGAUUAAAAAUUUGACUUUGCAUUAUUUUUGAGGCCCUUCACAUGAAAUCAAAUAACGUUAAAAAAACUGUGGGCUUUAAAUUUGUCAGUCGCUGCAAUUGCUUCCGUCAAUUGUAGAUUCAUUCGUUGUUUGUUCUCACUUUUUGUUAUAUUUAUAUAAAAAAUAGUCUAAUAAUUUUUCGAAUGACCUUUAUUAAUGACAAAACUAUAAUAUGCCGAGUCCCUUGAGAAUUUAGCAUUGUGGAUGUCGUCUCAAAAUAAAAAAAUAUUUAAAUUUUCUAAUAAAAUGACCAUUUAUGCAACCCCUAUUUGAGAACGCGGGCGUUUUUCCUUUGAAUUCAUUAUUAGCUUUUUCACAUCUGAGACUUAUCUUAUUUCACGCUAUUGGAUAACUUAUUACGUAAUCUCUUCUUUUUCAUCCAGAGUUAAUUACACGCACCAUUUGCACAUCAAAUCCAAGAAUUAAAUCGACGUAGAAGCUAGUUGAAAAAAAACAGCCACAUUUUUACCUGCUAGAUUCUAUGCAACUUCUCAACCUUAUUUUUACUAGCACUGAAAACCAUCUGUUCCCAGAAUGACGUCACGGCCUGAAAGUACCCCCAGAAGGCCAACUGGCAGAACUUCAUCUCAAACCGUCGCACCUAGCCGAAAAUGUAUCCUAUCCAGUGUCUUAUUACUUCUUAUUAACCUGGACAGUAUCACAUGUUUAACCCGCAUCAAUAUUGGGCUUCUGCUUCAUGACCAGUCGCUUUGGAAUGUGGCCAAUGACAGUUUCUCAGAUAAGGAUUCGCCCGAUUUGGAGUACAAGACUCUUUAUAAGCCAGUUAUGUCGAACCCUAUCAAUGCUGCCCUAGAUUUGUGCGAACAGCUAGUGACCAAACAGGUGGCUGUUCUGAUCAUCACCCACCCUCCUGGAUCUCCAGAUGUGCUGCCAGUGUCCAUAGCCUACACGUGUUCCUUCUACAGACUGCCCAUCAUAUCCAUACACACCAGGGACACCAUUUUCUCAGAGAAGAAUAUCCAUCCGAUGUUUCUUCGCAUGGUCACUCCACUGGACGCCGAGCCAGCAGUGUGGAUGGACCUGAUGAUCCAUUACAAGUGGAGGAAGGCCAUAAUUCUAGUGGCGGAUGACCACAACGGGAACAGUGUCUACGAGGCAGCCAUUAACCAAGCUACACAAAAGAACAUUCAGCUAAUUGGGGACAAGUUCGGCUUCUAUGACCCCGACCAGCCCAACGCACAAAACAUCGUUAGCAGGAUACUAGACGAGAAAGUUAACAUUGUCCUCUUCUACGGAUCAUCUUCUUCGUCCAAUAAGUUCUUCUCAGAUGUGGCCUCUCUCAAACUGGGAGUGGGACAUCUAGUCUGGAUUGUGUCCAGCAGCUCACUGGAUGCAGUACAGCAGCACGGUAUCACAGGCGCCUUAUCGGCCAGACAGAUCCAGGGUAUGAACUACAAGCUGCUGCUGCACGAUGCCAUCCGAGUGGUGACCAGUGCAGUGCCUCGGGCCAUAGAGAACAAUGGCCACAAGUGGGAGGAGCCUCUGAGUGAGUGCAGAGACAAGAAGGGCGGCUGGCAGAUGGGCACACCACUCAAAAAUGAGAUGAUAGCGACCAACUUGAAUGAGAUGCAGGCGAAGACGGGGAGAGUGAAGUUCAACAGCAACGGAGACAGAAUAGACACAGAGUUCGACAUUCUCAACAUCAACUCCAGAAACGAGGUAGUGACAGUGGCCAAAUGGAGGCCAUUAAUGGCCCAGCAUGCCCUUCGGAUGCACAGAAAUGUGAGCAUAGAGUGGCCCACUGGGAAGAGCGAAGUGCCCAAUGGAAUCAUACUCAACAAGUCACUCAAGAUUGUGACGAUGGACGUUGAGCCGUUCGUGUUCUUGAACCCAGUUGACCCCUUGACAGGUCAGUGCAGGAAACAGGUGCAGAAAGUGAACAUAGCCAAGUACGGGGUGGAAGUGUCCUGCACUAAGUACAACUACACUAACAGUACAUUGGGGAACCCGCAGCAGUUUUGCUGCAGUGGCUACUGCAUUGAUCUGCUGCAGAUGUUGUCUGAUAGAUGGAACUUCACUUAUGAUCUGCAUAUCAGCAAGGACGGCUCCUUCGGAAACGCCAAAUCGGAAACGCCUGAUCCAACCAUGAUAGAACAAGGUGGCAUCAACAGCAACCUUGACAACGACUUCUCCAGUAAGAAAAUGUGGACUGGCAUUGUUGGCGAACUGUUGAGGGGGGAGGCGGACUUAGCAGUGGCCCACUUGACCAUAGACAACGAGAGAGCACAAGUGAUUGAUUUCUCAAACCCAUUCAAACAUCAAGGGCUGUCAAUCAUGGUCAAAAAGAAAGACACUACGAGCAACUUGGCCUCUUUUGUGCAGCCGUUCGAGUACCUGUUGUGGCUCCUCAUAUUCCUAUCUGUUCACGUAGUCGCAUUCAUCAUCUACCUACUGGACAAAUUCAGUCCGUUCGGCAACAUAAAUGUGACCAAAGACACUACUAUGGAUGACAGUAUGACCUUACCCUCUGCUCUGUGGUUCGCGUGGGGAGUUCUGCUCAACAGCGGAAUAGGAGAGGGAACCCCGAACUCCUUCAGUGCACGUGUGUUGGGCAUGGUAUGGGCAGGGUUCGCCAUGGUGGUAGUGGCCUCCUACACUGCCAAUCUGGCCGCCUUCCUCGUCCUCGACAGACCAGAGUCGGAGAUAUCCGGAAUCAACGACGCCAGGAUGAGGAAUCCGUCUGAGAACUACAAGUUCGGCACUGUGAUUGGAGGAGCGACUGAGGCCUACUUCAAGAGGAAGGUUGAGAUGAGCAAUAUGUACAGACACAUGAUCCAGAACAGCUACACCACCUCCGCCCAGGCCAUCAACGCCAUCAAAAACGGAUCCCUACAGGCCUUCAUCUGGGACAGCGCAGUGCUGGACUAUGAGAUCUCGAAGGAUUGUUCUCUGAUGACGGUUGGGGAAUUGUUCCACAGGAGUGGGUUCGGAGUGGGCAUGCCCAAAAACAGUCCCUGGAGGGAGAAAGUGUCGAUGGCGGUGUUGGAGUUCCACGAAGAUGGAUCCCUGGAAGGUCUGGACUCCGACUGGGUUAGCUACAGGUCCUGUGGAACCCAGGACUCCAUGCCAGCCACUCUUGGUCUGAACAACAUGGCAGGAGUGUUCAUCCUGGUGGCAUUCGGGAUAGUCCUGGGGAUCCCUGUAGUGUUCCUGGAGAUAGCCUACAAGAAGCAGCAGGAGAAGCGAGAGAAGCAGAUCAAACUGGCCAAGAAACUGGCCAAUCAGUGGCGUCACAAAACACAGGACGAACUAGAUAGUGAGGCACUUUCCAGUAAACAACAACAACAACAACAGCAGCAGCAACAUGCCUCUGGUGCCGAAACCUUCGAGGCGCCCAAAACCCUCCCGGUCGGAGGAAGAGUUCUAGGACCCACAUACGUAACGACAACAGGGCUAAAUGGGCUUGGGGACGGGGCGAUACAUCAAACACCCCUUCUUGCCGCCAAACAGACAGUAAACCCGGCCUAUUUCCACGGCAUGGCCGACGCGGUAACAGGAGAAAUCAUUCCACUCUCAAAAUCCGCAUCUACUGCAAAUCAUCUUAAUGUUAAUUUGUCAUCAAUUCCACAGUCAUCUGUUAUGCAAGGAAUGUGCUCCCUUCCACGCCAGCAAAGCCAGUUAGGACUGUCGACUCCUGGCGGAGCCACCGGAAACCCCGCUGAGACUCUCUACGGGACGACGUCAAACCGACCCGGCGCCAACCGGGUGACACCGCCGGCGCCGCCGAAGAGAGCACAUCCCGGGCAGCAUAUAGUAACACCGGGAGGCAUUCCAAUGUCGGCUUCGGCAUUUAUUCAGCAACACACUAACCAGCCGGUGGCACUACAGACGUCGUCUUUCGACUCCGAGUCCAGUUCGGCCUCGAUGCAGCAGCCGAGAGGUGGAGUGUACGCUAGAGCCAAUAUGUACAGUCCCGACUUCAGUCCGACAGACAAAUUCACAAGUGUAUAAGGGCAAAACGAAAACCAUGUCUAACAGAUUUGUCUGACGCAAAUGAGAUCACUGGCCUCGAGAACUUCUCGCGAAUGUCUUUACUGGUCAUCAAAUUAAUCGACAUUUGUCUUUUGCCCUUCAGACAAAAAACUACUCCAAAAGACCAUCAAAUCCAAUCAUCAUCCGCAUUCCAUAAUUCAAGAUAAAUAAA